UUGUGCGACUGUCUCCGCGCAUUUUCACGGCUACGGCCACCUCAUGCGCAAGAUAGCCGAAUCCCUCGAAUUUUCAGAUCUCUACGCCGGACCGGAGCUACGUAACCCCUCACUCCGAUCCCGUCAGAGAGAGAGAGAGAUCAGAUUCUCAGCUCGGUUUUCUCUCAGCCGUCGGGUCCGUUGACAGCAUUAGAUGAAGGUCUUGCAACUGGGAUUGGCAGUCGCUCUAACGACCGGGCUCGCUGCAAUUCUCAUCUAUAUUUCUGGAGUGUCCAAUUUCAAUGAGAAAGUUAACAUUUCCGAUGAAGAUUUGAGCUCUUUGUUCUUAUUGCAGAGUGGAUUCAAGAAGUGUGUGAGUGCAAAUGGAUUAGGUUUACAAGCUCUGAGUGGAAGAGAUUAUUGCCAAGUUACAAUACAAUUUCCCAGUGACACUGUGCCCAAGUGGAGGGAUCCCAAAUCUGGCGAGCUUGAAGGUUUAUCAUUUGAUUUUAAUCUCUGUGAAGCUGUUGCCACAUGGGAGCAGGUUCGCAAUAGUACGACGAUACUCACCAAGGAGUUCAUUGAUGCUUUACCAAAUGGGUGGGAGGAAUAUGCAUGGCGUAGGAUCAAUAAAGGAGUGCUUCUCAACCGCUGUGAGAAUAAGACACUUUGCAUGGAGAAACUUGCACUUGUACUCCCUCAAACACCACCAUUGGUGCCAAGGAAGUUUGGCCGUUGUGCUGUAAUUGGUAACUCAGGAGAUCUUCUUAAAACAAACUUUGGGGAAGAGAUUGAUGGUUAUGAUGCUGUCGUCCGAGAAAAUGGUGCACCAAUCCAGAACUACACCAAGUAUGUAGGUAGAAAAAGUACAUUUCGCCUUCUCAAUAGAGGAUCCGCAAAGGCACUAGAUAAGGUUGCAGAACUAGAUGAAAGUGGGAGGGAGGUCUUGAUCAUCAAAACCACAGUCCACGAUAUCAUGAACAAAAUGAUUCGGGAGGUCCCAAUACACAAUCCUGUAUAUCUCAUGUUGGGUGCAUCCUUUGGUUCAGCUGCAAAAGGAACAGGGCUCAAGGCCCUUGAAUUUGCUCUAUCUGUUUGCGAUUCUGUUGAUAUGUAUGGUUUCACUGUAGAUCCAGGUUACAAAGAAUGGACCAGAUAUUUCUCGGAGUCGAGGCAGGGGCACACUCCGCUCCAUGGUAGGGCAUACUACCAGAUGAUGGAAUGUUUGGGACUAAUCAAAAUCCACUCCCCAAUGAGGGCGGAUUUUAACCGUGUGGUCAGCUGGGUACCAAACCAGAGUACACUUCAUGCUGCACGAAUUGCAUCAGAGAAGAUAUUGAGGGUAGGGGCUGGAAUGGACGAUCCCCUAGAGAAAUGUUCAAUCAUCAAGAAGCAGGACAAGAGAAAGGCCACGAAGAUCAUGGGCCUCCGGAAGGCCGCUGUUGAGCACCAAAAGCACGUGAGAGGUGCGACCAUGUAUCCUUUGGAACGCAGCACUGGACAUGGGAUGCUUUGCACGAUUCUGGAGGAUUGAAGGACCAUCUUACUUGGGCAUUUAUUCAUGGGUUCCUACUAUGGUGCACGCGGUGAUGAGAGAUUGGCUAGGUCAGUCACAUUCCCUCCAAAGCAGCAGGCCUUUGUAUUCUGGGUCCCAACUAUUUGGGUGCAUCUGUCCCGAUGUUUUGGUUACCUGAGUGCAUGCAGGUUCGCAUUCCCACUGUUCGUUUGGCACGGGGUAGGAUUCUUGCCUUCGGGUGGAGGAUCUGGAUUUUUUACAAUCAGCUUACAAGUUCCUUUCUUGUAAAUGAACCUUACUGGAAAGGGAUGCUGGGUUUUGUUUUGGAUAUAUAUAUAUAUUCACUUUUUAAAUCAAGCUUUCAAAUGUAGAAAUUCAUUUUCUGUAGUUGUAAUUCAUGAAUUCUAUUUCCAAUACCGGAAUGAUUCCAUUUACCUCAUAAAACGAAAGUUACAUCUUGGAAUGCAUUGUUAUUUACA